GGAGGCGAAGGAGGCGGAGAGGACCGCCCCCGGCACUGUUCACUUCUCGGACCUGUUGGGUCUUGGUCUCUUCUAUUGAAAUCAAAAUCAAUAUACUCGAGAGGUACUUUAUCCUGAAUUGGCGUGACUGGAGAGUCACAGAGAGGUGUUGUGAGAGCAUUUCCAUCUGGACUGCUAUUUUUCUUCCGCUACACUAGAUCUCAGAAAUAAGAAUGAAAGGCGACAAGUCUUCCCUGAACAAAACAUCAGGGUAUCACACCAUUACAGGCAGGAGGUAUGGAAGAAGAUUUGCUUAUGUCAACUUUAGACCAACUUUGACCAAUCAAGCAAGGCCUGUAAGUCAGCAGUGCGAAGAAUGUGAAGAACCCGGGCAAGAAGAUGUUCAGAGUGAAAGGGCAACAACUUCCAGUACUUUGGUUCAAGGAUUCCUGAUAUUAAGUGACUCUUUCGUAGAGGUAGCUGAAUCUGAAAUUCCUGAAUCUGAAAUUGCUCCAUCUCAAGUAACCGAGGGAAGCUCCCCAGUGCCUUCUCUAGUCCAAUCCAGGGAGAUCUCAGGAAUAAAUUCGUAUGUUGAAGUUAGUUCUAAGGAUUCUUCAGAAAAUUGUAGCCCUUCAAAAGAUCCAGUUGUGAUUUCGUUGAAAGAUAUUGAUUAUUUUGAGUCAGAUAGCUCUGAGGAUGAGGGUAAUCUGGUUUCUCUUUCUAACAUGAAGGAGAAUCCUGGGAAAUUCCCUGAAAUCUCAUUUAAAUUGGGAAAUGAAGGAACAUCCUUCUGUAGUGUGCAAACCCACUGCUAUGGUGUACCGCCACAGUCCUCUGGAUUAAACCAAGGUUUUGAAGCAGUAGGGCUUGUGCCAUUAGGGAAGUAUUCCAAUAGCGAGAAGGAUUUUGGCCCUCAAAAUUUUCAGUGGCCAACUUCCAAAGUGGAAGCGGAUGCAAAGAAAUUAUUGGCUAGCUGUAGCUACAAAAGGCAGAGGAUGAAUGUAGAGGAAGUCUCCAUUGGUUCUCCUGUGAGCACCAGUGAUAAAUUGAAUGCCAGUGAUGGAAAAGAUGAAGUGGGAGCUUCAUCUAAAUUGGUAGUGAGACCCAAAAUUAGGAAUCGAGAGUAUUUAAACAGAGUGAAUCAGAAUGAUGCCCUGUCUAGUGAUGAGGAGGAAAAUUACAGUGCCAAGAGAUGGAGAGGGAAUCUGGAACCUGAGUCAAGCACCUCAGGAGGGUCUCUGGGAAGCAGUGCAGGAAAAAAAGCUCCCAGGAUAGUCUCUGACCAAGGGGACAAGGCAGGUGAGAGAGAGGAAAAAACAUCUGCUCACAUCAAUGCAGAAGAUGAAAUUUUGCAGAAGGAACAGUCUGUUGGAGAUGGUGCUACAGCUUGGGAGGGUUUUGAAAAUGAUCCCAAGUCCAACAGCAGUGUUGAAAGCAGCUCUGAAUGCAUUGGCACGUGCAAUUCUGAAUGUGCUGAUAUGGCAGUGUCGGUGACCAAGCCUGAGCCUCCUUCUUUGUAUGCUGAAGAAAACUUUGAAUCCUCAAGUGAUGAGAGCUAUGAAACUCUGUCUGUCCAGAGACAACGUGAAUCUGAAUUGCUUCUGAGCAGUGACUCAGAAGAGAGUCCCGAAUUCCCUACACGAGAAGAGCUCCGGAUCUCAUUGGAAGACGUUGAAUUGACUAUGCUGCCUAGCUUUGAAGCAGCAGCAAGUAAUAUCGAAGAUGAAAGUGGCUCCUCCAUCAUAGGAGAAUUUUGGGGGGAUGACGACUUUGAAGAUGACAUCAGUUUUGGUGACGAUUUUGAUUUGGAGUGGAGGCUCUUGGAUGAAUAUGAAAGCAGAUAUGGAAUUAUCCCCACCUUUUUUCCUGAGGAGUCGGACAUUCUCAACUAUGUGACAGUGCAAGAGCACCUGAACCAAGCUAUGGAGGCUGCUGUGGCUCAUUUGGAGCAUCUGAUAAGUGAAGGGGAACAGACUUGUCCACCAGCCAGCCGAGAAAGCCUCAACUUGCUCCCAGAGAUCAUUGUUAAAGCAGAGCAAAUGGCUAUGGAGCUGUGCUGUACUAUAUGCUGCCAAGAGUUUGUUGAAAAUGAUGUCAUAACGAAGUUACCCUGUAGCCAUUACUUUCACAAGGCAUGCCUCAUUAUAUGGUUACAAAAGUCAGCAACAUGCCCCAUUUGCCGUUAUGUGCUUGCUCUUCAAUCCUCUGGAGGAGCUGCCGCUGCUGCUACUUCCUUCACAGCUAAUGAUGAGGCUCCAGGUUCGGCAUCCAGCACCGUGGCCCCCAGCGACAGGUCCCGCACAUCCAGGGACCCCGGCGCCACGGCCUCCGGAGCCACGGACCCCGGCGCGAUGGCCCCCGGUACCACGGCCUCCGGCGCCACAGCCUCUGGUGCUACUGGCUCUGAGGCUCCGGGCUCCAAGGCUACAGGAAAUCAGUAAAAUGAGAGCAACAUAUAGAAUUAAAGCAUUAAGGUCUGUUUAGGUUAAAUAUAGUUCAUUAGCAUAUAUAACAAAUAGGUUACUUAUAAGGCAUUAUAUUGUUUUAGAGAGUAUUGAGCUUUCUGAACUCUAGUUAGAUUAAGAUAAGUCCGUUUUGUAAACUGCGAGUUAGAAGCUGUACCGGAUUUCUUCAAUAGAAUAUCCUGCCAUGAACAAGCUUAAUAGUUAAAUUAUAAGUAUGAUAAUCUAAUCUUAGGAGUUUUUGCUAUUAAAGUUAGGCUUAGAAACAGUAUUGUGUAAUUUAAAGCAACAGUAUUGUUAAACAAGAUAGUGCCACUAAAAGUGAUUUAAGUAAUCUUGCAUAUUUGCAUUAAAUCUGAAGGUUUCUGUGACCA